AUGCAUUUCCACAACAUCGCUACAUUGCUCAUUGGACUCGUUAGCAGUACUACCGCAUUCACUCCCUCCCCAGGCUGCGGCAAAGCUCUUGGUGCUGGUCGCUCUCGCUCUUAUCUGCUGCACAUUCCAACGAAUUACAACAUCAACCAGGCUCGAGGCCUGAUUUUCAGCUUCCAUGGGCGCGGAGGAAGCUCAGCGAAACAAGAGGGAUUGAGUGGCUUCUCAGACCCUUACUUUAAUAAGGACAAUCUCGCAGUCUACCCUCAGGGUAUCAGCGCUCAGUGGCAGGGAGAUCCGGCGGCUGACACCUCAAUCAACGACGUUCAAUUCACGCUUGAUAUGAUCACUGCUAUCUCGAAUCAGUACUGCAUCAAUACUGAUGCCAUCUACUCGACCGGAAAGUCGAAUGGCGGUGGCUUUAGUUUGAAUGUUUUGGCUUGUGAUAACACUGCAAGCAAAAAGAUCGCUGCGUUUGCAAGCAAUAGCGGAGCGUACUACCAGACAUUGCAGUCGACGGGCUGUCGUCCGGACACUGUCGCAAUUCCGUGCAACCCAGGUCGUCAAGUUCCAAUCCUAGAAAUCCACGGCAGCGCUGAUGAUGUCAUUGCAUUCUAUGGCGGCGAGCGUCGUGGUAGAUGCCUUCCUUCCGUGAAUCACUUCAUCAUGAACUGGGCAUAUAUCAAUGGUCUUGGCACUACCAAUAUUACGACCAAGCCCUACGAUACUAGUGUCCACAAGCACGAAUUCGGCGACGCUGUCGGCAAGAGAGGCCUUGUGACCAACUAUUGGGUAUACAACCUGGGUCACUCUUGGGCAAGCACAGUGCCGAAUUCCGACUCGAGCACUCCCACGUUCUUCAAUGCUACGACUGAAAUGAUGAACUGGUUCAAUAAGUACACGUUGGCAUAG